AUGUACGCGCGCAUCAUCGCCGCCUUCUACUUCGCGCUCUCGCUCGCACUCCUUGCCGCCGCCAUUCCCGGAGGCGCGCCCCCACCGGCGACCACCACGGUCACGGUCACCGCGCCCGCGUCCGCGCCGACGGACGCGUGCAGCACCGGGCCCGUGCAGUGCUGCAACAGCGUCGGCUCCGCGAACGACCCGGCGUUCGGGCUCCUGCUCGGGCUGCUCGGGAUCGUCGUCGACGGCGUCGACGUGCUCCUCGGCGUCGACUGCUCGCCGAUCAAGGUCGUCGGCCUCGGCGGCGGGUCGUGCGACUCGAACGUCGUCUGCUGCGAGAACAACAACGUCGGCGGCCUCAUCUCCAUUGGCUGCAUCGUCAUCAUCCUCUAG